AUGGUCCGGCCUGCGCGUAUAGGGCAUUUCCUGGGCGCGACCGGCCUCCCCCGGACCCACCUGGCCUGGAGUUUCCGCACCCAGAUCUCCUUCUCACGGGCCACGGCACAGGUCCUUCACCCAUAUUUUCAGGGCGUCUUCAAUGCAGACCCUCCACUCCCUCAAUUCCGGCAGUAUAGACCUCCUCUCUCCCCCACAUCAUCGAAACCGGCCUCCGGCGUCGGCCACUGUAGCUCCUUCCUUGCUCCACUUUCCCCAGAAUACACAGCCUGCCUUUCCACUCUCCGUGCAGACCCAUCCUCUUUCCCGCUCCUCGCUCUCGGACGCCACCAACGCUCUCCCGGGCUUUUCCGCGUUACCUACGAUGGAAGACCCGAAAGCCGAUGGGACGGCCCGUUGGGCCCGGGGCUGUCCCCGCCCCUAUGCCCUUUUUUGGGUUUCCGGCCAGAGGCAUGCUGGGAGCGUCACAUGCAAAUUAAGCGUGUACCCAGCGUUCCGCCCUUCCUUCGUUGGGCCGGUUAUCGACCCGGCCCAGUGCGCAGGCGCGGGAAAGUUGAACUAAUAAAGUUUGUACGAGUUGAGUGGAGGAGACGGCAAAUUGAGUGGAGGAGGCGGCGGUGGGGCCCCGGACCAGGUGCCUCCAUGGCAGGCUCUGAAGAGCUGGGGCUCCGGGAAGACACGCUGAGGGUCCUAGCUGCCUUCCUUAGGCGUGGUGAGGCUGCCGGGUCUCCUGUUCCAACUCCACCUAGAAGCCCUGCCCAAGAAGAGCCAACAGACUUCCUGAGCCGCCUUCGAAGAUGUCUUCCCUGCUCCCUGGGGCGAGGAGCAGCCCCCUCUGAGUCCCCUCGGCCUUGCUCUCUGCCCAUCCGCCCCUGCUAUGGUUCAGAGCCUGGCCCAGCUACUCCAGACUUCUAUGCCUUGGUGGCCCAGCGGCUGGAACAGCUGGUCCAAGAGCAACUGAAAUCUCCGCCUAGCCCAGAAUUACAGGGUCCCCCGCCCACAGAGAAGGAAGCCAUACUGCGGAGGCUGGUGGCCCUGCUGGAGGAGGAGGCAGAAGUCAUUAACCAGAAGCUGGCCUCGGACCCCGCCCUGCGCAGCAAGCUAGUCCGCCUGUCCUCCGGCUCUUUCGCCCGCCUGGUGGAGCUGUUCUGUAGCCGGGAGGACAGCUCUCGCCCAAGCCGAGCAUGCCCCGGGCCCCCGCCUCCUUCCCCGGAGCCCCUGGCCCGCCUGGCCCUGGCCAUGGAGCUGAGCCGGCGCGUGGCCGGGCUGGGGGGCACCUUGGCCGGACUCAGCGUGGAGCACGUGCACAGCUUCACGCCCUGGAUCCAGGCCCACGGGGGCUGGGAGGGCAUCCUGGCCGUUUCACCCGUGGACUUGAACUUGCCAUUGGACUGAGCUCUUUCUCAGAAGCUGCUACAAGAUGACACCUCAUGUCCCUGCCCUCUUCGUGUGCUUUUCCAAGCCUUCCUAUUCCACUCAGGGCUGUGGGGUGGUGGUUGCCCUACCUGUUUUUGCCAAAAAUAAAUUGUUUAAAACUUUUCAUAUUAAAAACGUUACAAAGUA